ACUCCGAACACGCGUCACGCCGAAUUUCGAGUCAACGACCGAUAAUACAUCGGCCACGCGCGAAAAGUUUGCCAAAAACCGAUAAAACAGCAAGGCUUUUCACGAAAACCACCUGAAAAGUACUGCAUUAGCUGCGGAUUGUGACAAAAGUGCGGUAUUUCCAGAGACAGUGAACAUGUGAUGUUUAUGUAUGCAAUACGUGUGAGGUAUAUUAGCGCCGGUCGCACUAUUAAGUGACAUUAGACGGCGCAUAUGUGAAAGGUGGCGAUGGGCAGCUGGUUAACCUACUUCUGGUGGGGCGGUGACCCUGACCUCGUGAACCCACGGUCCGGACUGACGAGAAGGGAGGUGUACGCAGUGCAGCAGUCCUGGGCACCAGUGUACGCUAAUUCUGUCGCUAAUGGAACAGAAUUGUUAAAAAGAUUGUUCAGGGCGUAUCCAGAAACAAAAGAGUUUUUCAAAAUGGUACGAAAAUCCUCCGAAGAUGACUACGCCCAGAACCCUCAGUUCAAAGCACACGUGAUCAACCUGAUGGGAUCCCUCAAUGUAGCGGUGAACAACCUGAACCAGCCAGAUGUGGUCGCGGCCAUGAUGAAUAAACUAGGGGAAUCACAUGGAAGGAGAAAAAUACAACAGGAGCAUUUUUAUGACCUAAAAGACGUGUUAGUGAAGAUGUUCAUCGAGGUGCUAAAACUUGAAGGUGCGACGCUGGCGGCCUGGGGAAAGACUGUGGACUUUUGGUACAAACACAUUUUCGAAUCCCUGAGCCCAGGGAACUCUAGAUAACCAACGUCAGAAAAAGUUACAGUGAAGGUUAACGUUUGAAUUAAGAACACCAAACCUGAGAGGCGAGUCGAGAUACUUUUGAAUCAUAUGCUAAUCUGUGGUUCGAUUGUUGUCUGAAUUUAUGGUCCUAUUUCUGCGCAUGUUUCGUAUUUCAGCCAAAAGUAGAGACGAAAAAGCAAAUAGCCAGGCAAAAAACUAACUGACAUCACUGCCGCAUUCAAUAAACGAAAAUCGACCUCUUGUGAAGAUGACCUUAAGAUGCCUUGUCUCGAGCUGUCGUAACAUACUAAACUGUCAUUUUGACAUAAACGAUUGUAACAAAAACCAAAUUAUAGUCGUGUUCAUUAAUUUAAUAUGUUAACAAAUAUAAUAACGCCGACUACGACUGUAAUUUUGUUUCUAUAUUUGCAAGCUAUCAGGUCGUACUUAGUAUAAUGUAUAGUAGGUAAUUGAGGGUCUAAUUAUCUAAAAUCUUUACAUCACUAUACUCUUAACCUACCUUACCUUACCUGCAACUUUGCUAAUGUCGUCUAUCCAACUGACAAGUGGUCUACCGUCUAAGGCAUAUGAUACUGAUUUAUGUGGUUUGGACCGUAUAAACUAAGCAGCCUCAAUUAAUAGUACUCUGGUUACCUCGGUAUCCUAGUACCAUGGUCUUAAGAGCUUCUCUGAUGACGAAGGGCAUCAUCUCUUUUUCUUCUUUUGAUUUAUGGCUUUUCGUAGUGAGGGCACCAUCUCAAGUGUCAGUUGUGUAGCCGUCAAGUUAAAUAUGACGAGACACCUGGACCGUUUGCUGAUUGGAAGUUAGAAUACGAAGUUUUGAAUUCGAUGUUAUUUUAUCUGUAUUUUAUCUCGGAUUCAUAAAAUAUAUUUGUAUUUAUUCGUAACGCCUUCGAAUAAGUUAGAUUUAAGUUAGAUAGAUGCCUAAUUAUAUUAGAACAACAACUAAAAUAUACCUACUCACAUGUUGUAGUUAGAGAGCUUUUAACCUAUAUAAUCAAAGCUUCCUUCCUUUAUGGUAAAUACUUUAUGUAUUGUAGGUGUCUCGCUACGUAAAUAGCGCGCUAAUAGUCGACCUAAGCAGUGAAUUAUUAAAUAUACAAACCCUUUGCCCAAUAAAUUAGGGUACAAAAUAGAUCAUUAGGUAUAUAAUUCAUAUUUGAAUAACCUGCGACUUUACAAAUGUUUUAUCCAGCUUAUAAAAAAUAAUUGUACCUAAUAGUACCUACUGUUAAAUAACAAUAGGCAUGACGACAGUAACAAAGAACACUAAAAUAUUGUAGUGUACAAAAUACAUUGACUGGCUACAAUACACUUUUACGGUUCCAAUCUUAAUGUAAAUAUCAUGUUACCCAUAGGUGCAUGUACCAAACGUGUAAAUAUAGAAAGAAUAUCAUUGUGUACCUACCUAACUACUAUCUAAACAACAUUGAGCGUGUUUUGAGUCUUUUAAAGCCUUAAGAGAAGCAAAGCUGGAGAGGCAAAGUGGGUGGAGGGGGACGGAGCACUGAGGACGUUGGGGUCCCUAGGUGCUGGAGUGGCGAUACAGCUUUAUUUAGCGCAUAUCAUUCGUCAACCCCCAACUGUGGGCAGACGACAUCAAGCUCGUCGUACGUAGUCGCUGCGGCGCACAAAACCUAAGUCCAACUGUGGACGUCUAUCGGUUGAGAAUAUGAUGAAGGCCUAAGGUACAAUUUUUACGUUGGCAAAACGCCUGAAAACAUAUGGAUGCGAGGUGCUGUGUUUUCAAACUCUGUUAUUUAAAAGGUGCAGUCAGGUGAAAUUUUACUUGAAGUGUGAACUUACGAAUUCUUUUUUGUAAGGCCAUAAAUGUCUCAAAGCAACCUCAAUGUCGAUUGGAUGUUUUUCGUUCAGCUAUGUCAAAUUAAUAUAUCGUGUACUCUAGACAAUUUGUUUAACGAUUAAUUAUAUUAUAACUUGUAAAUAAAUAUUCCUUUUAUGUACUAUU